CCGAUCCCUCCUCCCCUCCCCCCCGGCCCCCCCAAACCCGCCGGCAUGCGGGGCUGAGGGGCCGCGGCCUCCGUCUAUUGUUCCUGCCCAGGGAGGGGAAUCGAGGCGGGGUGGGGGGGGGGAGGUGGCGGACAAAGGGGGCCCGGCCGUCAUGUCCGGCGGCAAGGAGCCUGGGGGGCACCCCCCGGGCCCGGCCCCCCAGCACGCCCAGUACGUGGGGCCCUACCGCCUGGAGAAGACCCUGGGCAAAGGCCAGACGGGGCUGGUGAAGCUGGGCGUUCACUGCAUCACAGGGCAGAAAGUGGCCAUCAAGAUCGUGAACCGGGAGAAGCUGUCGGAGUCGGUGCUGAUGAAGGUGGAGCGGGAAAUCGCCAUCCUGAAGCUGAUCGAGCACCCGCAUGUGCUGAAACUGCACGACGUCUACGAGAAUAAGAAAUAUUUGUAGGUAUUUAUAGACGCUCCCUGCGCAUCACCCUCCCAGCCAGCCAGUCCCUG